GGAGGGGCGGGGGAGUCACCUGCGAGCGGCGGUGCCGCCCGCUCGCCCGCCCGCCCGCCCGCCCGCCGCGUCCGGAUCGCGCCGGCUGCGCGGGGCCGCUGGCUGCACACACCCCGGGAGGCUGGGGCGGCGGAGCGGGCAGAGUCCGCGCCUGGCGCCCCGGACGAGGAGGAGUCGGAUCUUCGCCGCUGUCGCCGCCGCCCGCGCCCGGCUGGGCUACUAGCAAAAGAUGGUGGAUCGCUUGGCAAACAGUGAAGCAAAUACUAGACGUAUAAAUAUAGUAGAAAAUUGUUUUGGAGCAGCUGGUCAACCUUUAACUAUACCUGGAAGGGUUCUUAUUGGAGAAGGAGUAUUGACUAAGUUGUGCAGAAAGAAGCCCAAAGCAAGGCAGUUUUUCUUAUUUAAUGAUAUUCUUGUAUAUGGCAAUAUUGUCAUCCAGAAGAAAAAAUACAACAAACAGCACAUCAUUCCCCUGGAAAAUGUGACUAUUGAUUCCAUCAAAGACGAGGGAGACUUGAGAAAUGGAUGGCUUAUCAAGACACCAACUAAAUCAUUUGCAGUUUAUGCUGCCACUGCCACUGAGAAAUCUGAAUGGAUGAAUCACAUAAAUAAAUGUGUUACUGAUUUACUCUCCAAAAGUGGGAAGACACCCAGUAAUGAACAUGCUGCUGUCUGGGUUCCUGACUCUGAGGCAACUGUAUGUAUGCGUUGCCAGAAAGCAAAAUUCACACCUGUUAAUCGUCGUCACCAUUGCCGCAAAUGUGGUUUUGUUGUCUGUGGGCCCUGCUCUGAAAAGAGAUUUCUUCUUCCAAGCCAGUCCUCUAAGCCUGUGCGGAUUUGUGACUUCUGCUAUGACCUGCUUUCUACGGGGGACCUGGCCACGUGCCAGCCUACUAGAUCGGACUCUUACAGUCAGUCAUUGAAGUCUCCUUUAAAUGAUGUAUCUGAUGAUGAUGAUGAUGAUGAUAGCAGUGACUAAGGACAUGUUUUGAAAUAUUUAAUUGGGUGUGACUACCUGAGAAAUCAGCUCUGGGGGAAAUGUAAAAUUCUGAGCUUUCUCUCAGUUUUGCUCUAGCCGUGAAUUUGCCUGAGAAACUUUUAACCUAUGUGCCUCAAUAUAUCCUAUAGAAAAUAGGUCCUGUCAUUGUGUCCUCACCCCCAUCCCCACCCAGCUCCCCGCUCUUCUACAGGGAUAGAUUAUUGGCAAGUAUAUCAGAUAAAUGUUGGUUUCUUAUUCUUGUUUAAUUUUAGAUUAUUUUGUUGGAAGGUUGGGAAAAGAUGUUUAUUUAACAGAUCAUGUACUACAUUGUUGUUUACUAUAUGUUCUGUUAUAUGGAAAAACUAAAAGCAAAAAAUGAUGGGAAAAGGAGUAUAAUGCGGUUAGCUAAUAUUAUUACCUUUUUCCUAACCAUCCUAUCUAAUAGUUAAGACACCAGUAACAAAACGUGAUUUGAAAAUAUUUUGUUCGACUGUUUCAUAUACCAAGUGGUGCCUUAUCAUAGUAGCACUGUUACGUGAAAUUAGCCCCUACCUUCUCACUUUUAGUUUGUUUUGAAAAUACACUGGUGCUCUAUGAGGUGAUAAAAUGAGUAUUUAUGAAUGGGUGUAAUUUAAAAAUACUUCUCAUCUGCCAGCUACAAAUAACUAAAUUUAGAGCUUCUUCAUUCUAUAGGAAUAAAUAUUUUUCCAUAAAAUAGUUGUGAUUAUAUUUUUAUGUUUUAUAGGUACCAAAUUAUAAUUGUUAAAUAUAUAUUUUAAAUCUGUUAGGUUUUCAUUCUUA